AGCGGUACCAUCGGCCGGACGCAGGAACCUUGCCACUGGACGAACGCUGAGCAGCGCUACAGCGCCAGCAGGCGCGUCGAAGUUAGAAUAUCCUCGCGCCAACAGCUGCUGAUCAUGGAGCCUCCGCGCACCACGCCAGGCUUGGUAUCAGAGGCAGGCAUGUCCUCGAAUCUGCACACGCCACCUUACACUCCACAUAGAGGCAAGGGCAAGCGCACACGAGUAGAGCGCUCCGACUCUCCCGCAUCCUCGAUACACCCCGCAGAGACAGAGAGUCCAGCGAAGAAGGCAGCCAAGCGCGCACCUUUCGUCUUGGCCGAAGGUGCGGACGAGAUCAAGGUCGAAGAGUUAGUGGAGGGUGACGUCGGCUACAUGACCGAUAUUGAUGUCGUCUACCCGGAGGAGCUGGAAGAAGCGGGCAGCAGCAGCGACGAGCAUGGUGCGGAUGACGAGCUCAGUGCUGGUGAUGAUGAUCUGCGCGAUGAUGAGCUCCCUGAAGCUGGACUCACGCGACGACUCUCGAAGUUGCACUGCAACGACGCAGAAGGUGAAGCGAGGUUCGAGGUAGGCCGCAGACAGCGCCGGAUGAGCAAACGAUUGGCUUCACGAAAUGUCUUUAAGCGAACCCAUAUUCAGAGCGCAACCAAAAGCGAGACGGAGGAGGGUGGGACAGAGGCCGACGUGAUUGAUGACCAUGAUUUGCCGGCUAGCCGGCGCAGGCUGCGGAGACGCGUGGAAGGACCGAGAGAGACGGAGGGGCCGGUAGGGGAUGCGCCUCGUAGCUCACCAGAGACAGGAAGCUUCAGGACGGCAAGUGCGGGUAGUUUGAGGGUUGGCUUAACGAAGACGCCAGAUCGUGAGGCGAGAGAUGUGACUGUAUCGCACAACGACGACGCGAUGGAUGUGGAUGAUGGAGGUUGAUGUCGACCUGCCGCACUGCAUAUCAAACAACAAACGACGUCGUUCAUCUUAAGUGAAGCCAAGCUAGUUGGAGCUGAUGGGCUUACACAACACCUUGCCAACGCACUUACGGUCCAGAGAGGGGCGCGACGCUGCUAUCGCGUUCCGACGACGCAGGAUCACCAACCUCGUUUCCGACACUUUUCCGAGACGUUUGAGACAAUCAACGUGCUACUCCUGGUCGAAAC